ACCGGAGUGAAGCGUGAGGUGUUUCCGGAGCAAAGGAUUUGGGAGGAAUGACGUAUGAGCCUGCGCCCCAGCCUAGCUCCACCUGGCCGCAGGAUCUGGGACUCCAGCCCGAGCCGCAGGCUAAGCCUCGUCCUGUUUUCCUCUGUCCCGGCUGCAGCAGGCCUUACUCCUGGCGUCAGAGCAUGCUCCUGCACUACAAGAACGCUUGUGGAAAAGAACCUCAAUUCCAAUGUCCCCAUUGUCCAUACAGGGCGAAACAGAAAGGGAAUCUGGACAAGCACAUAGAAAUAAAACAUUCAGCUCGCACGCUCACUAUACUCUAAGCAGCUGUCUUAAGAGUCUGCUGUUGAACAUUUGCUGUUUAUUUUUUACGUUCCAAGAGUGAAACAUUUUUCAAACUAACGGUUUUUUUUACCAUCAACAAAAAAUGUCUCUUUAGUAAAAAUUUAAUGUCAAGGUGUUUUGCACUAAUAAUUCUUUUACAGGUACUAAUUGUUAUCAAUCGCUUUUUAUAUGUAUAUCUAUUACAAUAUACUUUAUGUAUUGCUGACAAAUUUAAGCCCAAUUAAUGUUUUAUUAAAUAACACACAUGUUAUUAGAACAUUUUUUACCAUUUUUAAUUUUGAAUUUGAUCAGCAAAGUUGUUAUACAUAAAUUGGUUGCUUUAAUGUUAAGGUUUAAAAUUAAAUAUAGAUUUAACAAACACAGUUCCUAAACGUUUGUAAUUUAAUGCCCUUUCCUGAACUUAAGAGGGUUUGUUAUUGUGCUAGUGAAUACUAUGUAAACAAAUUUUUGUUUAAUGGAAUUUUUACAUUCUUGAUUGUGGGUUUACACCAGGGAAUUAAAAUUCAUAUUGUAUGUCUAUAUUGAAAAUUGAUAUGUGCAUGUUUGAAAAUCAUUGUAGUGGACAUAAUAAUUUAAUAUUUUUGUCAGCUUUAUACUACAUAAAAUCGUUAUUUCGGUAACAAAUCAUAUUUUUUCCCACAAUAUUUAUUGUUCGUUGUUUUGAAGAGCUACUUUGUUACGUUUAUACUAAAAAAUAGUUCAUUAUGUGGUACUAUGUCUCAACUUAUCUGUUUUCUGAUUGUCGUUAAGUGCAAAUUUAUGGAUUAUGUUAUUUAUUAGCUAGAGUAAGUAAGUACUUUUUGAGAUUUUUUUGUAUUUAUCCAUUUGGAGCCUCACUGCCUCUUGUCUAUUAAUUUGUAAUGUACAUAGUGCCAUAAGCUUUAAGUGUUUUUAUAAUACUGACUGAUUAAAAUACAAUUUUGCGAAUAAUUAAGCUGAAUACAUAAACUGUUAUAUGAUUCAGUAUUUAGUUUCUUCCGCGAUUUAUUUUAUAAACAAUGUAAUAUUUAUGUGAUAUUUUGUGCAAUAUGCUUUAUGUACUUGUGGUGCUUGUUAAAUAUUUUUUGUAUCAAUUGUUGUUUUUUACUUAAUAAAUUCUUGUUUUAUGUAA